GUCAUCUUCCUCCUCAUCCACCCCCCUCGUCUUUCUUCACCCCUUUUGCACUCCGCGUCCGCUAUUGUUUGCCCCUACGAUGGGUUCAAAACUCCGCCUCUCUGAUGGCUUCGACGGCGCUGUCUCCACGACGUCGGGCAACGGUAACUCGAGCUCGCCGUCCUCGUCCGUCUCCGCAGUGUCCGAUCAUCUGCCAUCCCAAUCUUCGCCCUUUCUCUUCCCCCGACGUUAUUACACCCAUCCGGAGUCGAUGCCACGGUGGCCCCUCUGUAACAAGCCGUUCAACAUCUACCAGCGAUCCAUGUGGGCCGCGCGCCUCGCGUCCGACAAGUGGCGCCAGGCGGAGGAGGCGGGUGACUCAUACGCUUUGGUCGCGGAGGAUCUGUUCUCAUGCGCUGUGCUGGACUCGGCGCUGGAUCGGCUGAUCGCUUCGAGGAAGACGCCAUGGCCGCCGCUCGAUGCGGAGACUGACAACCCGGUCUUGAAGGCUUCUUUUGACCGCCCGAAGAAGCAGCUGUCAUAUGCGAGGUGGAUGCACCUCGUCGACCUCUUCAUCUGCAAGGCGUACGCUGCGGCGAUCAGCACGCUUCCGGGAAAAAUGGCGUUGCGGGCCCCGCCACUCUCCGGGCCUGUUUACGAGCUGUGCCGGCCGACCCUCCUGGCCCAAUGGACGUCCCCAGACGAUUCGAUCCGUCGCCCACCGCACCCCGAACCGAAGCCGCCCUCCAUCAACAUACUGGGACGGUUCGACCCGCUGAGUCCUACGAACAAGGGGAAUGUCGAACAAAUGAUCAAGAAGAUCGUCACGGAAUGCGAGCCCGAGUUCUCCCGCGCAAGCAGCCAUCGCGCGCGGAAUGUGGCGGCGAAUAGUGCCGCGGCGCCGCGCCAGGUGGAUGAGGAGGAUGAGUCCGACGCCGACGACGAUGGCGAUGACGAGUCGCGUGAAGAGUACGACGUCACGGCGACGCGGCGUGUGACGCUAGGGGAGUUGCGGGUGAGGGAGGCUAGGGCCAAGCUCGCAUUUGAGGCGGCGCAGACGCUGUAGAUGUGGUAGUUUUUGUACAUCACCGCCACCACCGUAUGCAAGGGCCAUCGAGCGUGUGCCAAAC